AUGGUUCAAACAAUCGUGAGUCGAUUCAAAUUAGAUGAAGAAACUCAAACUUUCAUCUGCACAGUACCCAUGUUUCAUAUCUACGGUUUAGCAGCUUUUGCCACGGGUAUAUUAGCCGCCGGCUCUACAAUAGUAAUCCUAUCAAAAUUCGAGAUGGAUGAAAUGUUAAUGGCUAUACAGAAAUACUCUGCCACUUAUUUACCAUUAGUGCCGCCAAUUCUGGUGGCGCUGGUGAAUAGAGCGGCAGCGAUCAAGAGGAAAUACGAUUUAAGAAGCUUGCAUUCUGUCUUGUGUGGUGGAGCGCCUUUAAGCAGGGAGGUGACAGAGGGUUUCCUGGAUAAGUAUCCGAAUGUAACAAUAUUGCAGGGAUAUGGGUUGACGGAAUCAACAGCUAUCGGUGCCUCGACGGACUCUUUGGAGGAGAGCAGCCGGUACGGCACUGCGGGGCUGCUGUCACCGUGCAUGGAGGCAAAGAUUGUGGAUCCAGAGAGUGGCAAGGCGCUGCCGGUGAAUCGCACCGGCGAGCUUUGGCUGAGGGGGCCCUCCAUUAUGAAAGGUUAUUUUAGCAAUGAAGAGGCUACGGCAUCAACCCUAGAUUCAGACGGAUGGUUAAGAACUGGAGAUCUGUGCUAUGUCGAUGAGGAUGGAUUCGUUUUUGUGGUUGAUCGGUUGAAGGAGCUGAUCAAGUACAAGGGCUACCAGGUUCCUCCAGCAGAAUUAGAUGCUUUGUUACUCACUCACCCGGAUAUUACUGAUGCAGCUGUUAUACCGUUCCCGGAUGAGAAGGUUGGACAAUUUCCCAUGGCAUAUGUGGUGAGGAAAACAGGCAGUUAUAUAUCGGAGAGUGCAGUCAUGGAUUUUAUCGCUAAACAGGUAGCACCAUACAAGAAGAUUCGACGAGUGGCAUUCACAGCGUCCAUUCCAAAAAAUCCCUCAGGCAAGAUUCUUAGGAAGGAUCUGAUAAAGCUUGCUGAAUCAAAACUAUGA